CACCCACAGUACUCUGUUAAACUACAAGUUUUCCUCUUGUAUACAUACUUUCAGACAGUGUGGUGUAGUUUUCUGGCAGAGUAGGGGUCGUCAUGAAGCUGGUGGUCCUCGUGCUCCUCCUCCAGGUGUCCGGGUGCGCAGACAGCAGGUGCUUCUGUCAGGUCACAGGUGAUCUGGACGACUGUACUUGUGAUGUGGAGACCAUCGAUACCUUCAACAACGACAAGCUUUUCCCCAAACUUCAAAAUCUUCUGGAGUCAGACUAUUUCAGGUUCUACAAGGUGAACCUGAAUAAGGCGUGUCCGUUCUGGGCGGUGAGCAGUCACUGCGGUCUGAGGGACUGUGCUGUGAAGCCCUGCUCUCUUAACGAAGUGCCGGAGGGAAUCAGAUCGUCCUCCCACAACAAGUAUUCAGCAGAAGCAAACGAGCAGUCAGCUGAGUGUGAGCAGGCGGAGCAUCUCGGAGCCGUAGAUGUUUCACUGAGUGACGAGACCAAAGAGGCUCUCCUCAGCUGGAGCAAACACGAUGACGAGGCCGAACGCUUCUGCGUGGUUGACGACGAGGAGUCACCGGACUCCCAGCAUGUCGACCUGCUGCUGAACCCGGAGCGCUUCACGGGCUACAGAGGACCAGAGGCCUGGCAGAUCUGGAACAGCAUCUAUGAGGAAAACUGCUUCAAACCGUUUACUGUCAAGCGACCUCUCAUUCCCGACUCGUUCCACAGCAGCUCGGGAAGUGAAGCAAAGAUCUUCUACAGCUGGCUGGAAGGCCAGUGUGUGGAGAAGAGAGCUUUCUAUCGGCUCAUCUCCGGCCUCCAUGCCAGCAUCAACAUACACCUGAGCGCCAGGUACCUCCUGGAUGACAGCUGGUUUCAGAAGAAGUGGGGUCACAACGUGUCAGAGUUCAGACAGCGUUUUGAUUCGGAGCUGACGGCUGGCGAGGGGCCCAAGAGGCUCCGCAACCUGUACUUCCUGUUCCUGAUCGAGCUGCGAGCGCUGGCCAAAGCUCUGCCCUUCUUCCAGCAGCCGUCCUUCCAGUUGUACACCGGCAGACCGGAGGAGGACCAGAGACACAAAGAGCUGCUGCUGGACAUCCUGCAGCUGGCCCGAUCUUUCCCUCUGCACUUUGAUGAGACGUCUCUGUUUGCUGGGGAUGAAAAAGAAGCAGCCGAACUGAAGGAGGACAUCAGACUGGCCUUCCUCAACAUCUCCAGGAUCAUGGACUGCGUGGGCUGCUUCAAGUGUCGACUGUGGGGGAAACUGCAGACUCAGGGAUUAGGAACAUCCCUAAAGAUUUUGUUUUCAGAGCGGCAGAUUGAAGCUCUGCCCACAUCCAGCGUCCAGCGACCCAGUUUCCAGCUCAGCCGACAGGAGAUCGUCUCCCUGUUCAACGCCAUUGGAAGGAUUUCCACCAGCAUCAGAGAGCUGAAGAACUUCAGAUGGCUGUUAUCAGAGGAGCGGUGACGACGUGGAGAGCAACUCUUCUGCCUGAAUCCUGCUGAAAUAUGAUUUGAAUCACCACCAGAGUUUAAAAUGAAGAAAGAUCAGCUUUCAUUACCUGAAAGUCAAUGGUAAAAGAAGUAUUCAGAUAUUUUACUUGAGUAAAAUUACAGUGUAAAAUAACCUGUUACAAAAGUAAAGGUGUUUCAUUCAAGAUUUUACUUGAUGGCUUGAUGUGUUUAAAAAACAGGUUAAAAGCA